AUGACAGGAAAUACACUCGAGGUAUCUGUCGACAAGGCCGUCGACAGUCCAGCUCCCAAGGGCGCCGAAGCCAAGGUCCAUCACCACAAAAAUGGCAGGAAAAUCUUCCACAACCCCUGGCCCAGCUGGCAUGAACUCGACCCAGAAGCUGUCAAGGCCCAUUUGAAGCAACGCAAGUGGAUGAGCACUUGGACACACCCUUCAACUGCAGAAGCCCAGAUCCCCUGUGAGACGCCGGCUCUCUCUCACGAGCGCUUUGGUAACGGCACGCCUGAUGUGCGCGCCGUCUGGCUCGGCCAUGCUUGCUACUUUGUCGAGUUUCCGAGUGGCCUGCGAGUUCUUUUCGAUCCCGUCAUGACCGACCGGUGCUCCCCGUCGCAGUGGUUCGGCCCUCGUCGUUUUACACAAUUGCCGUGCGCUGUCAAGGAUAUACCAUUUCUUGAUGCGGUCGUCAUCUCUCACAACCACUACGACCAUCUAAGCCACCCGACUGUGGUGGAAAUCGCCAAGUUGCACCCCCAGGCCCAUUUCUUCGUUCCCUUGGGCAAUGAAAGCUGGUUCCACUCAUCUGGGAUAACCAACGUCACGGAGCUGGACUGGUGGGAAGGUGCCGACCUCAUCUUGAGCCCAACGAGUCCGUCCGACCCUACGGUCAGCUCCAUUCGUGCGCGCAUUACUUGCCUUCCGGCCCAGCACACUACCGGUCGCGCGCCUUGGGGAACCGACAAGACUCUUUGGGCGUCGUGGUCAGUUGCAUCGCCGUCAUCGGACCAGCCAGCUGCCAGCAGUACCGUGGCGUCCGUCUUCUUCGGUGGCGAUACUGGCUACCGUGCCGUGCCAACCCUCGAUGCGCAGGACGACGACUGGGACGAGAAGUAUGCGGAUCUCCCAGUCUGUCCCGCCUUUGAGCAGAUCGGAGAGCUUUACGGCCCGUUUACGCUCGGCUUGCUGCCAAUCGGUGCCUACGAGCCACGGGCACUCAUGGCUCCCAUACACGCGAACCCUCGUGACGCGGUCGAGAUAUUCCUGAACACGCAGUGCAAGCGGGCGCUCGCGAUGCACUGGGGCACAUGGGUCUUGGGCGAUGAGGACGUGAGGGAGCCACCACGAAGACUCGAAGAGGCAUUGGCUUUCAAAGGCCUCCCCAGAAAGGGUGUAUUCGAUGUCUGCGGCCUUGGUGAACCCAUACGUGUUCCGGUAUGA